UAGUGAACAACGCGGGAAAGGGUGUGUUUUGUCCGAUCACUGAUACGAAUAUUCUCGACAAAUAUCGGGAAGCGAUGGACACAAACCUGCGUUCAGUCGUCUAUUUAACACAUCUAUCGGUCGAACACUUGGAGAAAACUAAAGGCAAUAUUAUUAACAUAUCAAGUAUUGCGGGCCUUAGACCGUUUAACAUAGCGUUUACCUAUUGUAUGUCAAAGUGUGCGCUCGAUAUGUUCACAAAGUGUUUGGCCCUAGAAUUGGGACCCAAAGGGAUUCGCGUUAAUGCUAUCAAUCCGAGUACAGUUAGGACUAACUUCGCUCAGGCGAUG